CCUCCUCUUUGGAUUCAAGUGUCAUUUCACUGGACAACGUGAGUGAGUUGUCUGGUGAUUCUCCGGAGCCCAAUGACCUUGACAGCACCAACAUACUGUCAUCAGCACGUACUCAAACUGAAAAAGAUGAACUGCUUACAACACAAACGGUAGAGGUUAAAGAGAAAGAGGUUCAUAAAAAGGGUGAAAAGAAAAGAAAAAGGAAAGUCAAAAAAAAUCAACAUAAGUAUAAAACCCACCAGAGAGAAAAGAAGCCUAAAACAAGAAAGGGAGCUCCAGAAGAAGAAACACAGAAUGAAAGUGAUGAAAAUGAUGGUACUCUCAGAACGCCAUCUCAUGUCCCAAUUCCUGUUCCACCCAUAGAAGCUCCUCCUCUUCCAUCUGGGUGUUCCACCUCAGACACCACAGUAAGCUGUAUUAAUGCCAAACUUACACAAAUACCACCGAUCGCAGAUCCAGAUCUAACAAGUCUAGACCUUACAGGAAACAGUAUUACUGCUAUCUCAGAUGAAGCAUUCAAUGGAGUACCUAAUUUGGAAUGGAUUGAUCUGAGUAAAAAUAAUAUUACCUCUCCUGGCAUUGGACCUCACGCAUUCAAAAUCCUGAAAAAGCUAAAACGUUUGUAUUUGGAUGGAAAUAUGCUGGUACAUAUCCCCUCUGAGUUGCCAUCGACUUUGGAAGAAAUAAAAAUAAAUGAGAACCACCUUCAUGCCAUUGAUGAAGAUGGCUUACAAGAUUUAAAGAACUUGGUCACCCUGGAAUUAGAAGGAAAUAAACUUAAUGAAGCGAAUGUCAGUCCUGUGGCCUUCUACCCUUUAAAAAGUCUCUCUUAUUUGCGACUGGGAAGAAAUAAAUUUAGAAUUACCCCACAAGGCCUCCCUGCCACUCUUGAGGAGUUAUACCUUGAAAAUAACCAAAUUGAAGAAGUGUCAGAAAUUUGCUUUAACCACACAAGAAACAUAAAUGUCAUUGUGCUAAAGCAUAACAAAUUAGAAGAGCACAGAAUAGCACCUUUGGCUUGGAUAAAUCAAGAGAACUUGGAAUCAAUUGAUCUCUCUUACAACAAGUUAUAUCAUGUUCCCUCCUACCUGCCAAAAUCUUUACUACAUCUGGUACUUAUAGGAAAUCAGAUUGAAAGGAUUCCAGGAUAUGUCUUUGGUCACAUGAAGCCAGGGCUGGAAUAUCUCUACCUGUCCUUUAACAAACUUACUGAUGAUGGAAUAGAUCCAGUAUCGUUUUUUGGAGCAUAUCAGUCUCUGAGAGAGUUGUUUUUGGAUCACAAUGAAUUAAAGUCUGUACCAUUUGGAAUUGAUCAAAUGAGAAAAUUACGUUUUCUAAGACUGAACAAUAAUAAAAUAAGGACAGUCCCUCCAGAACGCAUCUGCAGGACUCAUACCAGUGAUGAUGAUGUCCAUGAGAACAGUGAGGAGGAAGAGAAUGAAGAGUCACGUCUGGAACAUGUUCAUCUUGAAAACAACUACAUCAAUACAAGACAGCUAUCACCACAUUCCUUUUCAUGCAUCAGAUCCUAUUGCAGUGUUGUUCUUAAACCACAGAAGAUCAAGUAA